ACUAAGUGCAAUGUUUGUGUAAAAUAUUCUUUCAACUCGUCUGGUUGUUAUUUCUUCAUGCCUUACUGUUAUUCACUAUUUAUGUUGAGUAUAAAAAAUGCUUCAAACGUUUUAUUGCAGUAAAGUGAGUUAGCACGCUUCACGACAGCCGCUUUACGGCAAACAGCUGAUCGGAAGUGGAGAAGACGCUGCAAAGUGCGCAUCGGAAAAUUGUGAACGGGAAACAGUCAGUCUCGGUUAUUGUCAAUAUCACAUCUGGUCAGACGUGAAAGGAAAUGAGUCAAUCAGAAGUGAAGAUUGACUUCAGGCCUGGCAGCGUACAACUACUCCAGGAGGAGGUGAACAUGCCAACUCUUAGGGUCCUUGUGACCGGGGCGACCGGUCUUCUUGGCCGAGCCGUCUACCGAGAGUUCCAGAACCACGGCUGCUGUGUUAUUGGAACAGCAUAUAGGAGGGCAAGACCUCGACUCCUACGCUGUGACCUCACAGACGAGGACGCCGUCCGAACACUCCUCAACGAUUGCAAGCCUGAUGCGAUCGUUCACUGUGCAGCGGAACGGCGUCCCGAUGUGGUGGAGCGACACACUGAGGCGGCCUUGAACCUCAACGUGCACGCCACAAGCAUGCUGGCCAGAGAAGCAGCUGCGUUAGGAGCGUUCUUCCUCUACAUCAGCACCGACUACGUGUUUGACGGAAGGAACCCUCCCUACGGAGAGGACGACGUUCCCAAUCCACUCAACGUGUACGGACGCAGCAAACUGGAAGGAGAGCGAGAGGCGCUCAGACACUGUCCAGGUGCAGCCGUGCUGCGGGUGCCUGUUUUGUUCGGUGACGUGGAGUCACUGACAGAGAGCGCCAUCACGUCGCUGUGGCUAAAAGUCCAGGAGGGGGCGACGGACAGCUGCACGCUGGAUCAUUGCCAGCAGAGGUUCCCAACGCACGUCCGAGACGUCGCAGUCGUGUGCAGAAAAGUUUGUGAGAGAGCGAGACAGGAUGCAUCCAUCAGGGGAAUCUUUCAUUUUUCCGCCAAAGAGCAGAUGACCAAAUACGAGAUGGCGGUGGCCAUGGCGCAGGCCUUCAAUCUGCCGUCCAACCAUCUCAUUCCCCUAACGGAGCAGCUAGCGGCUUCAGCCCUCCGUCCUGUAAACAGUCGCUUGGAAUGUUCUCGUCUGGAGCUGCUGAACCUCAGCGUGGAAGCCCGACCUUUCACCUCUGCCAUCACUGACUGCCUGUGGCCUUUCACCCCUGACAAGCGCUGGAGACAGACUGUGUUUCAUUGAUACACGCACGCACACACACACUCACGCACACACACACAUUGUGCUGAGAUAACACUUUCUUUUGUUCUCCGAUCUUGUGAUAAAAUGUUCAUUAAGUUAAAAGCGAGGAUAAAAUGCUGAUCUUAUGAACAAGAAAUGGUACAUUUGAUUGAAAUAAGAAAUGCAUUAAAAAUGAAGCCACUUAUUUAUUGACAUUAAAAGUAAAAAUACAAAUUCAA